CGGACAUCUAAAGCUCGCCUUAAUGAAUGCAGCUUUUGGAGCCAUACCCAUCCUUUUCAGGAACCCAUCUGUCUAUGGUUUAUCCCGAAUCACCAACAGCCUUUUCAUCAGCAAUGGAGAGGCUGCCAACAACAAACUCUUCCUCUAUGCUAAUCGCAUCACCACCGUCAUUAACGCGUCCGUGGAGGUGGUCAACACCUACUUCCCAGACAUCUACUAUAUCCACGUCCCUGUAAUGGACUGCCCCACUGCCCGAAUUUAUGACUUCUUCAACCCCGUAGCUGAUAAGAUCCACGCCGUGGAAUUGAACCAAGGCCGGACCCUGGUGCAUUGUGCAGCGGGGGUCAGCCGAUCGUCUGCCCUCUGCAUCGCCUACCUGAUGAAAUACCACUCCAUGUCUCUGGUAAAUGCCCACGCCUGGGUCAAGUCCUGCCGACCCGUCAUCCGACCAAACCUCGGAUUCUGGGAACAGCUCAUUGAAUACGAGUAUAAACUUUUUGGGAAAACCAGUGUCCGUAUGGUCCAGUCUCCACUGGGUAUGAUUCCUGACCUCUACGAAAAUGAGGUUAGACUUAUGAUAGCACUGUGACAGUCACAGUUGGUACACACCAGC